GAUAUUAUGUUGAGCACAAUAUAUAAUGUUUUGUUUUUUUACGGCACUGGUCCGUAACGGCGUAACCUAAACACGUUGUGACUACCGUAUAACACAUACCAAUCUCACCGGAACGCCGUCCUUAUUGAUAAUUAUUAUUUACUUCAUACUAAUUGUAAAACUACACAGACCCGUGAAUUAUCAUUCUGAUUAUCGAAUCUUAAUUUCCUAAGCCACCCGCGUCCCGCUGUCCUCACCAGUAGCUUAGUAGUUAGUACUUUUCGUUUAUUUAUCGUAUAACGUUUGACGGUUAAGAGUGAAUUCGUAAUUCGUAUCUUCCGAUUGUCACUCAUAGACGUUUUUAUAUUUGCAAUUGCCACUUAAUCCGUUCAACCAACCGUUGAUAGGUAAUACUUGUAUACCCCAACAGAAAAAUGGAGGCCGAAGACAACAUCCAGAAAAUGUAUAAAUACUUUGGUAUACUUGCCGAUGCUAAGGAAAACAUUGCCGAGAAAGAACCUGAGUAUUUGGAAAUAUUAUCUGCAGUUAAAGGAUCAACUAAAGAAAAAAGACUUGCAUCUCAAUUUAUAACCAGAUUUUUUAAACAUUUUCCAAACCUUGCUGCUCAAGCGUUAGAAGCUCAACUUGAUCUUUGUGAAGAUGAAGAUAUUUGUAUACGAAAACAAGCAAUUAAAGAUUUACCAGUAUUAUGUAAAGAGUCUAAAGAAUACCUGACUAAAAUAGCAGAUAUAUUAGCUCAAUUACUUCAGGCUGACGACCCUCAAGAAUUGCUUACUGCUCAGAAUUCAUUAUUGUCACUCUUUAAAAUUGAUGCUAAAGGUGCCUUAACUGGAAUAUUUAGCCAAAUGCAAUCAAAUGAGGAAGUGGUAAGAGAACGUUCCAUGAAGUUUAUAUCAAACAAAGUAAUGGGAUUGGGUAAAGAUAUAAUUAAAAGAGAUGUAGAAGAUUUAAUAAUAGCAGAAUGCAAAAAAGUAAUGCAAAAUAUUACUUGUGAAGAAUUUGAAACACUCAUGACUAUCUUAUCAUUGACUCAUCUAAUAAAUACACCAGAUGGUCAAAAAGAACUCGUUGAACUCUUGGCAAGCACAGCUGAACUUGAUCAGUUUUUUAAUCCAAAAGAUUUAGAUCAAGUUAAUCGAUUUAUAACUUGUCUGGAUUUUGCUAUUCCAUUUUUUUCGGCCCAUGUAGAAUCCACUAAGUUCAUUGUCUACAUAUGUGAAUUGUUGAAUCGCUAUACUCUUAUAAAAGAUAAUGAUAAACAAUUCAUCAUUUUAAAGUUAUUAGCAGAAUCUGUACCAUAUUGUGGUAAACUAAUGAAUCCUGAAGCAGUAGUUGGACAAGUGUAUCAAGCUUUAUUAGAUUUAGUUACCGUUCCUGAGAAUGAUUCUAAUAAAAAAGUAGAAGAUAUGGAUUUACAUCGUGUUGAAGCACUUUUGUAUACUUUCCACAAACUUGGAAAACAAUGUCCAGAUUUUUUGAGCAAAGAUCCUGAAAGACAGAAAGAUUUUAAGAAAAAGUUAUUAUAUGUUGGAACGUGUACUCAAACAUUUGUAAAAAUUGUUAGGCAAGAUUUAAAAGAAAAAGGAGAAGAGGAUGUAAAAAAUAAUCCAAUUGUUGAAAAAAAACUAGAAGGAUUAAAAUUAGCAUGGAACAUAAAUACUUUAAUUAAAGAGUUAUUUAAUAUACCUCCUAGAUUUAAAGCAACUAUUAACCUAUCCUGGCUUGAGGGUGCGACUAAGACCAAACUUGCUCAAAUUAUUCAGGAAGGUAAAAAGCAUGAACCUAUUACAGUCGAUGGAAAAUCUAAAAGAAUUGAUGGCAGCAAUAAUAGCCAACAAAUAUAUCAGCCUCCAAAAGAUAAAUUUAGUGCCAAAUUCUCUAACAAUACAACUAAUAAUAAUCGUCGUGGUGGUGGUACUGGUUGGAACACUAAAAGAUCAUUUGACACCAACAAUACCAAUCGUCGUUCAUGGCGACCAUACUGAUUGUUAAUAUUAUGAAGUCAAUGAAAGUAACACAGUUUAGUUGAUUAUAUGCCGGUGUUAUAUUAUAGUGAGUUACUUCAAAUAGUUUAGUAAAUUAUAAUUUUUUUUUUUUUUUUGCGGUUUGGAACCGACGACCGGGAGGGGACUGCUUUCGCAUUACUUCCUCCCGGCCGCCAAAAGUAAAUUAUAAUUAUCAACUUUUUAAAAUACUUAUAAAAAAUAAAUGGUUUAUUUUUAACUUUAUCCAUAUCUAAGAUAUAUAGUUAUAAAUAUUGAUUAUAUUAAUGUUUUUAUUUUUGUAGUCAAUAAAACCAUAGUAUCUUUA